UAGGGAACUAGACUACUUUAUGUCGUUUACAGUGAACACCACGCGUCCACGCCUUCCCACGGUGUAGCCUUUAAUCCACGACAACAAUUAAUUACACUACACUACUUAAUUACCUCUUCUGUCUUCUCCCUUAUAAACCUCUGUUCCUCUUUGAAAUCAUCGCUUCCUUGAAUACAUUCAAAAUGAACAAUACUCUUCCAAACCAUCUCAUUUUCGAAAAAAUCCUUCCAAAACUCCCAGUAAAAUCCUUACUCCGCUUCAAAUCCGUUUCCAAAUCAUGGCUUUCCACCAUUUCCUCCCUUGAAUUCGCCAAAUCCCACCUCCAACUCUCCUCUUCACCCCCUAAAUUUAUCUUACUUGCUGGGCUUGAUUGUGAAUCGGAAGAUGAUGAAACACAAAGAGAGUUUUACUUGCUAGAUUAUGAUAACAACGACAAUUACGAGCUUAAACCUUUCGUGGAAUUGGAAUUUGAAGAUGGGUGUGAUACUCCAGUCAAAUCCUUCUAUAUUGUGGGCUCUUGUAAUGGCCUUGUGUGUUUGCUCGUACAACAACGCAACAGUGAGGCCUACUUCAUAGGUAACCCGGCUACUCGCCGCUAUCAGAAAAUCAGGAUUCCUAAAGGUGCAGAAGCGGGUUCACGAUCUGGGUGUGUGUUCUAUUAUGAAUCAUCAACAGAUGAUUAUAAACUUUUUGGUGCGUUUUCUUUUGGUAGGUAUGAAAGAUUUUAUGUCUUUUCUCUUAAGGCUGGUAUUUGGACAAGAAUUAAUAAGUUAAACAAGCGAAUUGAGUCAAAUGACCUUGAAGAUGUAGCUUUGAUUGAUGGUACUGUUUACGUGUCUGCUGGAGUGGAAUAUCCUAUGUUUGGGUUUGAUUUGAGUACUGAACAGAUUAAGGAAUUUCCGUGGAUCAAUUGGGUGAAUAAUUAUAGAAUUGUGAGGUUUUCGGAGUUGAGAGGGUGCUUGUUGUUGCUUUGUAGUACUGUUAAUUUUGAAGUAGAUGAUGUUUGGAUGUUGAAGGAUCCCAGUGAUGUUACUUCUUUGGAGAUAUUGUUUUCUGUCAAUCAUAGUAAUGUGGAGUACUAUGGUUUCUCUGAGAAUGGCAAGUGUUUGCUACACACUGAGGGAAAAAUUAGGGUAUUCGAUCCGAUUCGGGAGACUCCAGAGAUGACUCAACUCACUCAAGGGGGUAUUGCUUUCGAUAAUGGUGACAGCAUUUUUCAAUCAAAAAGUUAUAUUGAAAGCUUAAUUUCGCCUUUCUAAAGCCAAGAUAAUUGAAGCUAUGAGGAAUUGAGAAGAUCGCCGGUCAUGCAAAACCACCUGUCUGGCUUGGUUUCUCUGUGUUUGACAAUGAAAAUGAAGAGAAUGGGCAGAGUAGAGUAUUUCAGCUUGUGUGUUUUAUGUAGCCAUUAUAAGAAUAAUUAGCUUGGCUAAUAUUAGGAGUCGUACUAGAUUCUAAGUUCUAAUGAAGUUGCCCUGUUGGGUGUUAAUUUCUUGCAAACUAGUAUCUUUAAUAUAUUAGCCUUGUGU